AUGGGCAUGGGCUUUUCCUUCAGUUUCGUUGCUGAUGGUGUGUUCUUUGCCGAACUCAAUGAAUUUUUUACACGUGAAUUGGCCGAGGAAGGUUACUCGGGUGUGGAAGUCCGUGUAACCCCAGCCCGAACGGAAAUUAUAAUCCGUGCUACACAUACUCAAGAGGUUCUCGGUGAAAAAGGACGUAGAAUUCGUGAAUUAACAGCCCUUAUUCAAAAAAGAUUUAAAUUCCCUGAAAAUACUGUCGAGUUAUACGCAGAAAAAGUACAAAAUCGUGGACUUUGUGCUAUUGCUCAGUGUGAAUCGCUUCGAUACAAGCUAUUGGCUGGUCUUGCCGUAAGAAGGGCUUGUUAUGGUGUUUUGAGAUUCAUUAUGGAGUCGGGAGCAAAAGGAUGUGAAGUGGUUGUAUCUGGAAAGUUGCGUGCAGCUCGUGCUAAAUCGAUGAAAUUUGUUGAUGGGUUCAUGAUUCAUUCCGGUCAGCCAAUCCGUGAUUAUGUGGAUACAGCUAUUCGACACGUUAUGUUGAGGCAAGGUGUUUUGGGAAUUAAAGUCAAAAUCAUGAAGGAUUGGGAUCCAAGUGGUAAAAUUGGUCCAAAGAACCCUCUACCCGAUAUGGUUACCAUUAUGGAACCCAAGGAAGAGCAGAUCAUUACAGAACCAACUUCAGAAGACUUAAGAUCGGCUCAGGAUAUCCCUGUCCCUCCCUUAUCUCCUCCUACACAGCCCCCGGAAUUUACUAGUGAACCUUUCGA